CCACUACUUCCGGGUUCUAGCAUUCGGGUCGGAAUCCACCUCUCCGCCUGUGCAACACACACUUUACACACGCACGGGGACUGCAAGCGGGCAGCAUCGAUCGUGGCUCCUUUAAGACAAACUCAGACAGACAAUUUUUUUUUUUUUUUAACCCUCCUCCUCUAAUCUCCCUCCAGUGCAGCAGUUGCAAAGAGGGAGAGAGAGAGAGGGGAAAGAGAAAGAGCGAGCGAGAGAAGAGAGAAACUGAUUAGGAAUUAGGACCGAUCCGAGGGAAGCGAGCGCUAGGGCUUUGUGCAUUUGAAUAUUCACAUUUGAGGUGUUCCGACCAGAAGAAGACAGAGCGGAUGAUCAUUCAUUCACCACGUUGACAACCUCGCCUGUGAUUGACAGCCGGAGUGGCAGAAAGCCAUGAGAUUUGGUAGUUGGGUCUAAGGGGCGCUCUCUUUUUUUUUUUUUUUUUUAAACUGAUUUUUUUUGGGGGGGGGGUGGAAGAGAAGAUCUGCCUUUUUUUUUUUUCUUUUUUUUUUCUUCUUUUUUUUUUUUUUUUUUUUUUUUUUUGCCCCCGCUGCUGCUGCUGCUGCUGCUGCUGCUGCUGCUGUCUUGGAAACGGAGCGCUUUUAUGCACAGUGACUCGGGCGCUUUGCUUCAGGUCCCGUAGACCGAAGAUCGGGGACCAAGUAGCUCUCACGUUGCUGGAGACGUGAAGGGAUUUUUUUUUUUCCGUCGUGCUUUUUUAAAAAAAAAAAAAAAAAAAGAUUUUUUUUUUUUGUCCUCUCUCUCUCUCUUUUUUGUUUUUUGUUUUUUGUUUUUGUUUUUUGUUUUUUGUUUUUUGUUUUUUUCCGGGGGAGUUUGCUUAUUUGUUUCUUUUCACACUGGCCUUAAAGAGGAUAUAUUAGAAGUUGAAGUAGGAAGGGAGCCAGGGAGGCCGAUGGCGCAAAGGUACGACGAUCUGCCCCAUUACGGGGGCAUGGAUGGAGUGGGCAUCCCCUCCACGAUGUAUGGGGACCCGCAUGCGGCCAGGUCCAUGCAGCCGGUCCACCACCUGAACCACGGGCCUCCUCUGCACUCGCAUCAGUACCCGCACACAGCUCACACCAACGCCAUGGCCCCCAGCAUGGGUUCCUCCGUCAAUGACGCUUUAAAGAGAGAUAAAGAUGCCAUUUAUGGACACCCCCUCUUCCCUCUCUUAGCACUGAUUUUCGAGAAAUGUGAAUUAGCUACUUGUACCCCCCGCGAGCCGGGGGUGGCGGGCGGGGACGUCUGCUCGUCCGAGUCGUUCAAUGAAGACAUAGCCGUGUUCGCCAAACAGAUUCGCGCAGAAAAACCUCUAUUUUCUUCUAAUCCAGAACUGGAUAACUUGAUGAUUCAAGCCAUACAAGUAUUAAGGUUUCAUCUGUUGGAAUUAGAGAAGGUACACGAAUUAUGUGACAAUUUCUGCCACCGGUAUAUUAGCUGUUUGAAAGGGAAAAUGCCUAUCGAUUUGGUGAUAGACGAUAGAGAAGGAGGAUCAAAAUCAGACAGUGAAGAUAUAACAAGAUCAGCAAAUCUAACCGACCAGCCCUCUUGGAACAGAGAUCACGAUGACACGGCAUCCACUCGUUCCGGAGGAACCCCGGGCCCUUCCAGCGGUGGCCACACAUCACACAGUGGAGAUAACAGCAGUGAGCAAGGUGAUGGCUUGGACAACAGUGUAGCUUCCCCCAGCACAGGUGACGAUGAUGAUCCAGAUAAGGACAAAAAGCGUCACAAAAAGCGUGGCAUCUUUCCCAAAGUAGCCACAAAUAUCAUGAGGGCGUGGCUGUUCCAGCAUCUAACACAUCCUUACCCUUCUGAAGAACAGAAAAAGCAGUUGGCACAAGACACGGGACUCACCAUCCUUCAAGUGAACAAUUGGUUUAUUAAUGCCCGGAGAAGAAUAGUGCAGCCCAUGAUAGACCAGUCCAACCGAGCAGUAAGUCAAGGAACGCCCUAUAACCCCGACGGACAGCCGAUGGGAGGCUUCGUAAUGGACGGUCAGCAACACAUGGGGAUCAGGGCACCAGGGCUGCAAAGUAUGCCAGGGGAGUAUGUAGCUCGGGGUGGUCCAAUGGGUGUGAGUAUGGGACAGCCAAGUUAUACCCAACCCCAGAUGCCCCCCCAUCCUGCUCAGCUGCGUCAUGGGCCCCCCAUGCAUACGUACAUUCCUGGACACCCUCACCACCCAACAGUGAUGAUGCAUGGAGGACCGCCCCACCCUGGAAUGCCAAUGUCAGCAUCAAGCCCCACGGUUCUUAAUACAGGAGACCCAACAAUGAGUGGACAAGUCAUGGACAUUCAUGCUCAGUAGCUUAAGGGAAUAUGCAUUGUCUGCAAUGGUGACUGAUUUCCAAUCAUGUUUUUUCUGCAAUGACUGUGGAGUUCCAUUCUUGGCAUCUACUUUGGACCAAGGAGCAUCCCUAAUUCUUCAUAGGGACUCUUAAAAAAGCAGGAAAUACCAACCGAAGUCAAUUUGGGGGACAUG